GAAGAUGAGCAGAAAAUGGAAUGAAAAAACACGAAAACCCAUGCGGGGAAUGAGUGAGUUUUCGUAAUCGCGAUAAAUGAAAAUUUUAGCAACUAGCUGAAAUAGGCUGAAAUCUGUGAAUUAGCGAGAAAUGCUGCAGUGCAUCAGAUCCACCAAUUGGCAACGGCACAGUUUACGGCAUGUCAGCAAUUCUCUGCAUCAUCGGAGGUUCAAUUCCGCAUUGGAAGCGCCCGAGAUAGACAUUCCUUUGAGCACGGGUCGCGUGGUUCGCAUUUCAUCCGGAAAGUAUGCGCGCUUCGCAGACGGAUGCUCCGUAGUCAGUGUCGGCGACACGGCCGUGAUGGUGACGGCGGUGGCCAAGCAAAAGCCAGGCGGAGUCAAUGCUUCGUUUCUACCGUUGGUGGUCGACUAUAGACAAAAAGCGGCGGCUGCCGGAAGGAUUCCUACUAAUUUCCUUAGGAGAGAGCUGGGUCCUUCGGAGAAAGAGAUACUCGCGGCCCGGCUGGUAGACCGAUCGAUACGGCCGCUCUUUCCGGCCGAGUUCCGAUGCGACACGCAACUGGUCUGUAACAUGUUGGCGAUCGAUUCCAGCAACUUGCCGGAUGUGCAAGCCAUCAACGCGGCGAGCGCUGCGUUGGCCUUGAGUGACAUACCUUGGAAUGGCCCGAUCGGAGCGGUCCGGGUUGGAUUAGUGGACAAUGAAAUCCUUAUCAAUCCGACUAGGAAAGAGCUCCAAUUUUCGUCGCUGGAUUUGGUCGUAACGGCGGCCAAGCAUAAUCUGGUGGUAAUGUUGGAAGGACGGGGGAACGUUGUGAACGAGAACGAACUCCGGAUGGCGAUCAAGAAGGGAACAAAAGAAGCUCAACUGAUAAUCAAUGGGAUUGAGAAGCUUCAAAAGUCAUUUGGGAAGCCGAAGAGAGGCUUGGAACCGCUGCCACAGCCGGAACAAGAGAUUGACUCCGCUGUAAGAACAAUGUCCGAGAUGAGACUGCGCGAGAUUUUUAGGGAUUUUGCUCACGAUAAAUUCAGUAGGGAUAAAGCCAUUUCUCAUACGAGGGCAGAUACUAUCGAUAAGGUUUGGUCGAGCUACCCCAAUGUCGAUGCUGGUUUGAUUUCAGAGUGCUUCAACAAUUUUUGCAAGAAUGUUUUUCGGGAGAUGAUUUUCGAGGAAAAUCGACGAUGCGAUGGUCGACAGUUGGACGAUUUGAGAAAAAUCUCCUGUUCAGUAAAUUUGCACAAACCUUUACACGGAUCAGCGCUGUUUCAGCGCGGCCAGACACAAGUGUUUGCGACCGUGUCUUUGGAUUCACACGAAAGCGCUUUAAAACUAGACCCAAUAACCUCCCUAGAUACGGGUGUCAAAUCGAAGAACUUCUUUCUCCAUUACGAGUUCCCGCCUUAUGCGACGGGCGAAACGGGGAAGAUUGGCCCCGUAGGUAGAAGGGAGAUCGGCCAUGGUGCUUUAGCGGAAAAAGGACUGGUUCCCAUCAUUCCACAUGAUCACCCAUUUACGAUUCGGCUGACGUCGGAGGUGUUGGAAUCGAAUGGAUCCAGCUCGAUGGCCACAGUUUGUGCUGGUUCCAUGGCAUUGAUGGAUGCUGGCAUUCCGGUACAGGAAGCGGCUGCUGGUGUUGCGAUCGGUUUGGUUACCAAAUACGAGAACAAUGAUACGAAGCAUCUGUUAGACUAUAGGAUACUGACGGACCUGCUGGGUAUUGAGGACUAUAUGGGGGACAUGGACAUGAAGGUGGCAGGGACGCGGAAAGGCAUGACGGCAAUUCAGGCGGACAUAAAAGUGCCCGGAAUUCCGUUAAAGGUCGUGAUGGAAUCUCUUCAGAAGGCAAUGGAAGCUCGCUUCCGAAUCAUUGACAUAAUGGACGACACGAUUGCUAAAUCACGGUCUGUAAAAAAAGAUUGCUGGCCAGUGACGGACAAGCUACAGAUUGAAACGCACCAGCGUUCUAAGUUGAUUGGUCCUGGAGGAAUCAACAUACGGCGGUUGUAUUUGGAGACGGGUGUUCAGCUCAAUCAGGAGGACGAACAAACCUUCCGGAUAUUCGCGCCUUCGGAAGCGGCUAUGCACGAAGCAAAGGAAUAUCUGGAGAAUCUGAUGAAGGUGGAGAAGAUUCCGGAUUUGGAAUUCGGUGCUAUCUAUACGGCCAAAAUAGUUGAGCUCAAGGAUACCGGAGUGAUGGUGACGCUGUAUUCGUCAAUGCCAGCAACGCUGUUACAUAACUCGCAGUUGGAUCAACGUAAGAUUGCCCACCCUUCCGCCCUGGGACUCGAAGUGGGAUCCGAAAUUCAGGUCAAAUACUUUGGUCGUGAUCCGGUUUCGGGGUUCAUGCGUCUCUCGAGGAAAGUACUGCAAGGUCCUGCCACAGGUAUUGUUAGGAAUUUCGAUCGGGGGGCGUCUGCCGGCAAUGCGACCAACAACGGUGACGAUAGUGGAAGUGCGAAAUCCUAGCUUUAUUUGCAAUAGUUACUACUACUGACCAAGGUGUGUUCAUCAGCGGUUUGUAUUGUGUAAGGCCGCGAGGAUGUAAGCUGUGUAAAUAAUUUCGUGUUAUUAAACGUAGGUAGUAAUUUGA